UAUUAACAAAGGAGAUUUGUAGUGUUUAACGGUUAUAGGCCUAGAUACUAACUGUAAUAAGAAAAUUACAUUCAUAAAAAUGUUUAAAAAAAGUGUCAAAAAUGUUUAGGAUGUGCCGCUUCGUGAAUCGAGAGAGUGAGUAGGAGGGAAGGGCGGGGUGAGGAGGAGAAAGAGAGCAUCUGUAUUGAUUGUUCAGCAUCCUGUUCCCCAGAGGUACUGCCAACGCCGAAAGACUACUGAGACGGUAAGAUACAGCAUCUCUCUUGUUAGCUUCAGGAAUCUUGCAAAAGUCCAAGAGAAAUGUGUAUGAUACAAAUUCUGAACAUUGUUGAUCAAUGACAUCACUUAUUAUAAUAAUUAGACCAAAGAAUUGCGAAAUGUUCUUUUCCGCUUAGAAUAUUUUUUAGUUUCAUGGAUGUCUACCAAAAGCUAACGGUUGUUUGGCAGUGUUCUCUGACGUUUAGGAUGGAGUCCGGACUAUUAUUACUCGUGCUUCUCCCCGUGUUCACCCCAACCGGAGAAUCUGCGACCUUGCCUGACCAAUAUACUAGAGGACUGGAUUGGUUGAGCAGGUACGGGUACCUCCCCCCUCCAGACCCGCGCACCAGUAAGCUGCAGACGAAGGAAGGGCUUGAGAGGGCUAUCCGUGUGAUGCAGAGGUUUGGAGGACUCAGGGAAACUGGAGAGCUUGAUAGUGAGACCCUCCGGCUGAUGUCGGUGCCCAGGUGCUCUCUGCCUGACAUCGUGGGUCAUGAAGACAUGCUGAGGAAGAGGAGGAAGAGGUACGCCCUCUCUGGACUGAAGUGGGACAAGACCGACCUGACCUGGAGCAUCCACAGCUACCCCUCUCCUUCCGUCUCUCCCUCCCUCCCCCCUGACCUGGUGGAGACCCUUCUGGUCCGGGCCUUCAAGGCCUGGAGCGACGCAGCACCGCUGAGCUUCCACCAGACCCCUGGGGGGGCCGGAGGGGGGCCGGGGGCCGGAGGGGGGCCGGGGGCCGGAGGGGACAUCAGGGUGUCGUUUGUUCGCUCGCUCCACGAUGACGGCUACCCCUUCGACGGGAAGGGGGGCACUCUCGCCCACGCUUUCUUCCCCGGGAGGGACCAGGUGGCUGGGGACACACACUUCGAUGACGACGAGGUCUGGAGCUAUGGAGGACAUGAUGGCAGCACAGACCUGUUCACCGUGGCGGUGCAUGAGUUCGGCCACGCCCUGGGUCUGUCCCACUCAUCCUCCAGCCCCUCCAUCAUGAGGCCGUACUACCAGGGGUCUGCUGGGGACGUGGCCUCAUACAGCCUGCCUGUGGACGACUCCCUGGCCAUCCAGCAGCUCUACGGGAGGAGAGAGGGCCGAGCCACAGCCGGGCCAGAGGGAGGCACCACCCCCCGCCUGCCCAGGCUGCCCCAGACCCCACGCCCCCACCCCACACUGCAUCCAGAUCCUGCGCUCCAGGAACGCUGUGGGGGCGGCUUUGACGCCGUGGCUAACAUCCGGGGAGAAGUGUUCUUCUUUAAGGGCCCACACUUCUGGAGGUUGCAGAGGACCGGCUCCCUGGUCUCCCUGAGACCAGCCCUGAUCUCCAACUUCUGGCUGGGCCUUCCUCCCGGCAUCGCCAACAUUGACGCCGUCUACGAGAGGAAGAGGGACAGCCGCAUCAUCUUCUUCAUUGGAGACCAGUACUGGGUGUUCCAGGACACGGAGUCCCAGCCUGGCUUCCCCCGGUCGCUGGCUGAAUGGGGCAUGAGAGGACGUGACGGCCGCGGGCCAGGCCGCGUGGAGGCUGCCUUCGUGUGGGCCCACAACGGCAACACAUACCUGUUCAGCGAGGGCGAGUACUGGAGGUUCGACGAGACCCAGACACAGGGGGACGCCCCUGGGAAGCCACAGCCUGGGUACCCCAAACCCACCACCCUCUGGAGAGGGGUACCGUCGCACCCUGAUGACAUCAUCACCUGGGAAGGAGGAAAUGCAUAUUUCUUCAAGGAUAACCUCUACUGGGUUCUGGAGAGAGGACAGAUGGAUCAAGACAAUGUCAUUUCAAAAUCCACUGCGGAAUUGCUCAUGUGUCCUGCGCCCACCCCCACACCGGCACCGUCCAAUCCUGCACGUGGACCCUGCCAGUGUGAAAUAGGAGCUUCGGCAACUUUCCGUGGCAGUUGGUUGAUGGUGCUGUCCCUCACGUUCAUACUCUGUAGACUGUGACCCAGCCUCCUCCACUGGCAGUCUGUCCUGGCAGGUACAAUUGAAGGAAUGGUGCCAUUUGUGUUACAGAUGUGUCUAGAGAAAACUGAAAAGUAAGUUAGUGAUUGUUAAUUUAUGAGUUUGACAUUUUAAAGCACGCAAAGCUUUAAAAGCUUCCAAAACCUUUUGAAAUGAAAUUACAUACACAAAUAAAAUGUUCCAAAAAUUCUCACACCAGCUCUGUCCACUUUCACAAGCGAUGAGAUCAUCCCUCAUCUUUCCUCAGUCAUAAAUGCCCCCCCCCCCCACUCAGUGUUCCUAUCCUG